CUACUUCCGGGGCUAUGGGGGCCCCGUCCAACGGCUCCAAGACGGCACAUUCUAAGGUUGCAACCGGAGGAGGUCAUGCCAACACGCAGACCUCCAGCAAGCGCUCGAGCAGCGGUGCCGAUGGCGACUACCAUCUGGUCCAGCACGAGGUGCUGUACUCCCUGUCCGCCCAGUAUGAGGUCCUAGAAUUUCUCGGCCGUGGCACGUUCGGGCAGGUGGUGAAAUGCUGGAAGAAGGGCACGAGCGACAUCGUCGCCAUCAAAAUCCUGAAGAACCACCCGUCCUACGCACGCCAGGGCCAGAUCGAGGUGUCGAUCCUCAGCCGGCUCAGCCAGGAGAAUGCGGACGAGUUCAACUUCGUGCGGGCGUUCGAGUGCUUCCAGCACAAGAACCACACCUGCCUGGUGUUCGAGAUGCUCGAGCAGAACCUGUACGACUUCCUGAAGCAGAACAAAUUCUCGCCGCUGCCGCUGAAGUAUAUCCGGCCGAUCCUGCAGCAGGUUUUGACUGCAUUGUUGAAGCUGAAGCAGCUGGGGCUGAUACAUGCCGAUCUGAAGCCGGAAAACAUCAUGCUGGUUGAUCCCAACCGACAACCGUAUCGCGUGAAGGUAAUCGAUUUCGGCUCGGCAUCGCACGUCAGCAAGACGGUGUGCAAUACGUACCUGCAGUCGCGCUACUAUCGCGCCCCGGAAAUCAUCCUCGGCCUGCCGUUCUGCGAGGCGAUCGACAUGUGGUCGCUCGGCUGUGUGGUGGCGGAACUGUUCCUGGGUUGGCCCUUGUAUCCCGGGUCUUCUGAGUACGAUCAAAUCAGGUACAUAUCGCAGACACAGGGUCUACCGACCGAGCACAUGCUGAACAACGCCAGCAAGACGGCCAAGUUCUUCUACCGGGACAAUGACUCGACGUACCCGUUCUGGCGGCUGAAGACACCGGAAGAGCACGAGGCGGAAACGAACAACAAGAGCAAGGAGGCGCGCAAGUACAUCUUCAACUGUUUGGACGACAUCGGGCAGGUGAACGUACCGACCGACAUCGAGGGCGGUCAGCUGCUGGCGGAGAAGACGGACCGCCGGGAGUUUAUCGAUCUGCUGAAGCGCAUGCUGACGAUCGACCAGGAGCGCCGCAUAACGCCGGGCGAAGCGCUGAACCAUUCGUUCGCGACGUUGGCCCACCUGGUGGACUAUGCGCAUUGCAACAACGUGAAGGCGUCGGUGCAGAUGAUGGAAGUUUGUCGUCGUACGGAUUCGAUGAUUCAUACGUACAACCUGAGUGUACAACCGACGACAGCGACGCUCGUAACAAACUUUGUGCCGAACACGACCGAAAACAUGACGAUCACGUUCAACAAUCAGGUGCAGCGGAUCGUGCGCGAACGGGCGCCCACGUACGACAACCAUCUGUACCAGAUCUACGGUGGACGAAAUGUGGGCCGACAGUACAGUAACGCGCGUCCGGAUGCUUUCCAGCAUCAGCUCGUGUCGAGUAUCCUGUGUCCACCGGGCUAUCAGACGAUGCCGAGUCCGACGAAGCACGUGGUCGUUGGUGGCACGUCGAUGCAGCCCCCACUGCAGGUCCCCCCGCAGCAGUACGUGAACGUACCCGUACCGGUUUCGAUGGUAGAGCCCUCCUCCGGGCAGCGGAUGCUACUCACGAACGCCGUGCAGCCCAACGUGGCUUGGCCGCAGUCUGGCCGGCAGGUGGCGAUCGUACCAUCGUGGUCGCAACAGCCCGGUCCGGCCCAUUCACUGAUCGUCGAUUCGGCGCCCUUCCUGAAGCUCGAGGGUAUCUACCCGAACCCGCAUCUCAACAUCCAGACGAGCCAUCACGAGCCGAAGAAGGAAUCACCGGUGCAUCAUCUGGUUGUUCGCAAAUAUUCCAGCGUUUCCCGGCACGACAAGAAGGAGAACAACCAAUUGUCGCCGGUUAAAAAGCGAGUCAAGGAGAACACACCGCCCCACCAGCGGUACAACCGGAGUCAUAUGUGCCCGCAGUAUCACGACAAUGGGGCUAGCACCAGCGGCGCAAGCGGUGGAGCGGUGGCUUCGUCAUCAUCUUCGUCGUCGUCCUUCUAUCAGCAGCAGCAACAGCAGCAACAGGCGCAGUCUCAGGUACCGCAACCUCACAGUGGCGGUGGCAGUGGAAGCAGCCAACAGAUGCAAGCUCCACCGCUUCAGCAGGCGCAGAUCCCGGUUCCGCAGCAUCACCAUCAUCAUCACCACUCCCAGCAGCAACCGCAACUGACGAGUGGAAGUGGCAGCGGUCACCACAGCCAUCACCAUCAGCAGCAACAGCAGCAACACUAUCAACCGGUGGACUCGUCGGGUUCGAUCAGUGGCUCGGGGAAUGUUCCGACGCAUCACUCUUCCUCGUCCACGUCGUCGUACGGUGGAAGUGGCUCGUCGAUGGUUAUGGGUGGCAACAUUCAACACAGUGGAAGUGGUGGAAGCCAUCAUCAUCACAACGGUACUGGUGGCAGCAGUGGACACAUCCAUCACGGUGGCCACAGUCACGGACACCACCAUGGUCAUCAUGGUGGGCAUGGCGGCAGCUACGGUGGAGCGAGCGGAGGAGGCGGUAGCAAGCAGCAGACGAUCACGAUCCACGACACACCGUCACCUACGGCUGUCAUUACGAUUUCGGACAGUGAGGACGAAACACCGGAAGUGAAGCACAGUGUCACCGCGAAGUCCUCCCAUCAGCCGUCCUCGUCGUCGACGUCGCAGACUUGUAAUCGCAACGGUGGAGGACACCAAUCGUCGUCCUCUUGCCGUGGUGGCGGCGGCAAUGGUUCGGGUUGUGGCAUCAAGACGUCCUCUUCGUCGUCCAAUAUUGCCCACAGCUCGUCUUCAUCGUCGGUUAACCAGCUCAAUGGCGGAGGGCAUCAAUCACAGCAGCAGCAGCAACCGCAGCAGCAGUAUCACAUGCCGUCGCAACCUCAGCAGCACAUGAGCGUCAUCAGUGGUGGCAGCGGCAGUAACGGUGCACCCUGCGGUGGAAGCUCUGGCAGUGGUCGUCAACGGAAAUCGACCAAUGUGUCGUCAACGGCGACGGCUUGCGUCACCGUCGGUGAUAGCGAUGGCGAAGGAGAGCGCCGCAGUCCGAAGCAUCAGCCCAUCAAGUACGAACAGCAUGCUGGCCAGUCGCAAAAGAAACGUCUGCUAGCAAUGGCCCAGAAUGAGUGUUUGUUGUUGCCCUCGUCCGGAGGUGGAAGCGGUGGACAACCACUGCAUAUUCCGAAGCAGGAACCGAGUGAAUUUGUGGCGUACGAGUAUCCCUCGCAGCAGCAGGUGGACAAGCGCUCGUCUUGGGCUCCGCCUACGAUGGGCUCGUCGUCCUCGCACUACGGCGGUGGAGGAGGGCAUAAGCGCGAGUCGUCCUCGUCGUACAUGCCGUCAUCCGCGUCUUCGUCGUCCUCGUCUUCGACUAUGGCGGCCGCAACGGCAGCAGCGGCUGCAGCAGCCGCAGCAGCCAUUCAGCAGCAACAGCAUCCCGGUAGCAGUGGUGGAUGCAGUGGCGGUGGAUCCCUUGGCCAUGUUCCGCCACCGCACGCACACGCCAAGAGCACUCCGACCGGUGCGACCUCUUGGGGUACCCCGAGCGCAGCCGCCGUCUACCGGCAGCAUCAGCCAAGCGCGAACACGCCACUCGGAAGCUCGCCCGGCGUCAUUCUGCAGCAGCAUCCGCACCAGCAGCAGCCCCUGCAGCAACCCCAGCCGGACAUCUACGCCCAGGGCGACAUGUACCGCCGGUCGGCGGUGUUCGUGUCCCAAGCGGCCCCCUACCAGACGGCGUACAACCGGGUAGUGCCGCCGCCGGCCCACAACGCCUCCAGCCGACAGGUGCGGAAGACGCCGCUUAGCACUAGCUCGCCGUACGCCACUAUCAAGCACGACACGACCAGCACUGAGCGAUUCCCGUCUUUCCCGUUGCAGGUUUUGCCCACGCAACCGCUGCCGGCUCACAUCCAAUUCCCGACCGCGCAGUACGGCCAGUUCGGGCCCCUGAGCCCGGCCCAGAUUGCCAACAAGCACCACUACACCUGGUUCGGCGAGUAAAUUGAUCACGCCAAAUCCAACCAACCUCUCUCUCCGCUCCACUCUUCUCUUGCGCUUCUCUACGCUUGAGCUCAUCCACUGCUUCUUCAGCGUUCACCAUUUUCUUCACCCCCGGCCCGGUCUACUCGUGUCCACUAGGCAACACACCGCAGAAAAUGGUUCGGCAAAACGGACCCAAAGAGGGUGCUUUCAUUUUUAUCCUACGAUUUGCGAGAAGAAGCGAUCCGGCAUCAUAGAGAUUAGGGCUUUUCGUUUCACUAGUGUUUGUUUUGGUUUGCUUAUGAUUCGCCACCAAGCAGGUGGUGGUAUUCGUACUGGUGACAUACGAAGAAUUUAGGGUGAAACGCGAGUUUGUUUGAAAUUUUACAUUGGUAAUUUAUCGUGAGUAAAAAAACAUAUGGCGUUUGUAUGAUCUCCAUCGUCAUUGUAGGAUAUGAUAGUGAUGGGAUACAUCUUCUAAGGUUUGUUUAUAUAUUUUCUCCUACGUUACGAUAGUUUGCUUUUAUCUCCUUUCAAAGGAUACCCUCCUGCACUGCUCGUUGCCGUUUAAAUGCUACUACUAGCAUUCAUACAACCAUAAGCAGAGGACUAAGGUGACAUAAACAUGGCUAUAUGUUUGUGUCUAUCAGUAGCAGCACGCUAACAGUACCCGUUGUAAGGCAUGCGCUUGGCAAAGCUGUCCUAGCGCACUGUUUUGUAUGUGUAUUGUGAGCUGUGGGUGUUGUUUUCCAUCAAAUGAAAUUGUGUCCCAACAAAGCCGCACCAGAAUAUUGGAAAGCUGCUUAGCUAGGUUUAGAGGCGUGUUGAGUAUAUGUUCAAUAUUCAAUAUGAUGUGCGUAUGAAAUAAACCACGAAGGGGAGGUAGAUUGCUAGAGUA